CUUUAGCUCCAUCUAAACUACAAACCGGGUUUAACAUAGAAGUUAAAUACGGUUGAACGCCAUAUGUUUCACCCCCCUGGCAGCGCUGUAGCUGUUAUUCUGAUGGGUUUGGUGUUUAAUUAACUUUAUUGAGUAUUUCCUGUCAGGAAGUGAGCUACUUUAUACACAGGCUACAAGCUAAGCUACAGAGCGUUCACCGGAUUCAAUCUUCCGUGUUGCAACAUUAGCGGGUAGGAGUCCGCCUGAAACCAUCGAUAAACAAUCAGUUCUGGUCACUUCUCUCUCAGUUAUUGGUUUCUGGCCUUCAAACACAUGGCUGCUAAUCCACCGGGACAAGCCAUCCCGAACAAGGCUCGCGUGGCAAUCCUGGCAGAGUUGGAGAAGGAGAAGAGGCGUCUCAGGGAGACUCAGUCCAUGAACGUUCCAGGAGCCAGCAUCCCGCUGUCCAGACCCAACAUGAAGGAGUUCAGAGACAGCGCUGAGCUGCAGCACAUCGCUGCCCAGCAGAGAGCUGCUUUGCAGCAUGCUCAUACACAUUCUUCAGGCUUCUUCAUCACUCAGGACUCCUCAUUCGGGAACCUCAUCCUCCCUGUUAUUCCUCGUCUGGAGCCACAGUCAUGACCUUUGAUCCCCUGGUCUCCCUGAGACAAAAAGAAAGUCCUAUUGUUCCCUUUGUUUUUAAUUAAUUCGUAGGUAAUGAGAUUUGAUUCUUUCAUCCUAUUAAAAGAAAUCCCUGGAGAGUCUGAA